AUGACCAGACUCUGCCAAUACUGGCCUCAGAAUUGCACACGGAAAGAUAUGCAGCUGCACUCUGUUCCCAAGUUCACCAUCAUGAAUGAGUUUCGAUUUUACGGUCAGCCUACAAUUGAAAAUUUAUUCAAAUGCAGGAUGAUGAGCCGCUCGGAAGUCUGCCCAGCUUUCGACUGCGUUGAAUUCCUGAACCGUGCCUACUUCAAAACGCCAGCUCGGUUAUGUUUCGUCUUUGAUACGAGUCAGCUGGCAAUGGAUCAUACCUUUCAUCGUUGUCCAACUCCUUGGCUGUAUGAACUUCAGAUCGAGCUACAUUGGAACGAAACUACAGUGCAAUCGUUCUGGGGCGUCGGUUCCAUCCCCGUUUACGUCCACCAAGCGCGUACCAAUCCUCCCAUCGGAAUUGAAGCCAUCUCCAUGUUCCAAGAUAUUCUUGUUGAAGCGUCAGUCACCCAGGUUCCUGCCAGAAAACGAGGCUUUUUAUUUUGUUUAAUAAUUAUGUUGUAA